AUGACGGGCUACGCCCGCGGCGAGGCCGACUUCGCCGCCGCCGACCGCUUCGCACGGGACGCGCGGCCAGCCUCGCUCGCCCCCAAGGAUUACUCGGUGCCUUUACACGUAGACUGCAGUAUCGAAUACGAGCUUCCCGACUGUGCCAAGCCACCGCAGGGCGUCAAGAUCGAGCCGCUGCUCAUGAUCCACCCGUCGCACUUCCGGAGGCUCGAGAGCCUUCGGCGGGUGCCGUUUGUAAACAACCUGCCCAGGAGUGACGUGGCCAGUGCAGCGGGAGCCGCUGCCACGGCCUCCGCGGCCGCCCCGGACGCGCGCUCGCGGGCACGCGCCGUGCGGCGCUGCUGCCGGGCCGCCCCAGCGCCGCCCGCGCCACCACCGCAGCCCGCCCAGGCGCAGCGGGCGCGCGCGCCAGAGGAUGCCCGCCGCUACCGCUUCGAGUACGCGCCGGAAGGCGGUGGCAAGCUGGCCCGCGCGCGCCUCAAGCCGCACCCGUACCUGCCGCCCGAGGCGCUGGACUGUGAUAUAGCGCGCGCCCUGCCGCCCGCCGCGCACUACGAGCGCUUCGACAAACGGGCGCUGCAGCAGCUGCCCAUCUACAUG